AAAAAAACGGAAGUAGAACUUAGACCGGAAGCGUGUUUAGCCGUUCUUCCGGUUGUCGCACAUGUGCAGUUGAGGACCGACUGUGCUCGUCCGAAGUCUUAGGGAAGAAGACGAAAACAUUCGUAGUUGACGCUACUCUUUAAAAGGAUCGCAUAACAUGAAACCAGGGUUCAGUCCCCGAGGAGGUCGAGGUGGUGGUUUUGGCAGAGGAGGUUUUGGUGACCGGGGAGGAGGACGAGGAGGUGGACGGGGAGGAUUUGGUGAUCGUGGCGGAUUUGGUGACCGUGGCGGCAGAGGAGGAUUCCGAGGAAGAGGUGGAUUCCGUUCUCCAGAGGGAGGAGGAUUCAGAGGUCGGGGAGGAGGUCGAGGGACCCCAAGAGGAAGAGGAGGACGGGGUGGCCGAGGAGGCUUUGGAGGAGGAAAGAAAGUCUUGGUGGAGCCACAUAGGCAUGAAGGAGUCUUCAUCUGCAGGGGAAAAGAGGAUGCUCUGGUGACCAAGAACAUGGUCGUAGGAGAAUCUGUGUAUGGAGAGAAGAGGAUGAGUGUUGAGGAGGGAGAGACGAAGAUUGAAUACAGAGCAUGGAAUCCGUUCCGUUCAAAGCUGGCAGCAGCCAUCUUGGGAGGAGUUGACCACAUUUAUAUCAAACCAGGAGCCAAAGUCAUGUACCUGGGGGCUGCCUCUGGUACAACAGUGUCUCACGUCUCUGACAUAGUUGGGCCGGAAGGGCUGGUGUAUGCUGUAGAGUUUUCUCACAGAUCAGGUCGUGAUCUUCUUAACGUGGCAAAGAAACGCACCAACAUCAUUCCCAUCAUUGAAGAUGCUCGUCACCCACACAAGUACAGAAUGUUGGUUGGCAUGGUGGAUGUCAUUUUCGCUGAUGUUGCCCAGCCAGACCAGACUAGGAUUGUUGCUUUGAAUGCUCAUAACUUCCUGAAGAACGGCGGACAUUUUGUCAUCUCCAUAAAGGCUAACUGUAUAGACUCGACAGCUGCGCCAGAGGCCGUGUUUGCCUCAGAAGUAAAGAAGAUGAGUUCAGAGAAUAUGAAACCACUAGAGCAGAUCACACUGGAGCCCUAUGAAAGAGACCACGCUGUGGUGGUGGGCAUCUACAGACCUCCACCAAAAAAGAAGAAUUGACGGAAUCCCAAGGCAACUGCACAAAAUUUGACCUUCAUCUGCUUCUUAGAAACUUUUUUUUUUUUUGUCAGUUUUGACCAUUGGCCUUUCAUCAUGUCACAACACAAUUACCUUGUUCAUUUUGGACAUACAUUAUAAAAUUUGGGACAGUUCCAUUCAUCCAAAAUUUCUGCUCCUUGUUGAAAAAGUGCACUCGACCUAGCUGUGAGUUGACUUAUGAUUCUGAGUUUUAAAAAAAAAUUUUUUUUUUAACUUGUAACUUUUCUGAAUAUAUAUUUUAUGUUUGCAUUUGUUUUGUUUUGGUUCUUUCCUUCAGAUCCCCCCAAAAAACAUGUUUGUCACAUUACAUUAUUCUAUGAUAAUAAGAAGUCAUGACUGUACCAUCAAAUUUGUAGAUGACAGCAUAUUGUUUCAGUGCCAUUGACAGCAGUGGACGUCCAAAACCAUUAUGACUGGUAGGUCUCACAGUAAUCGCUCAUGUUUAAGCGCCAUUGACGUCGCUGCACGUCCAAUCCAAACAUGAAGCAUUCACAGUUGAAAUGAAUUGGACGUCUAUAGUUGUCAAUAGCAGGUCAAUUCCUUAAGAGGUUCUUGUAAAGCUGUAUAAGUACCCGUAUAACUUUUACAUUGUAAAUAAAACUUGCUUUUCAUGUAGU